ACAACAGGUAGGCGUCCUCCAGCUGCGCCCCCGGCUCAGACGCUAAAUUCACGGGGAAACAAGUGGACCGAGCGCACACACCAUGAUGAUCUCUCCCGGACAUGAGACACAUUUUCGCCUUUAGUGGGUUUCCCCCCCCCCGAUGGUCUGGAAACGCUUCUUUUGAGAGGACGGAGGCUGUUUGCUUGUGACUUUCGGGCUCCUUUUUUAUUUUAUUUCUUAUUUUUUCCAGCCGGGACACACCUCAGACACAGCGACAGGUUCCCUGAUUGAUUAAUUGGAGGGGGACAUCUCAACGCAGACACACCACUGAAGAUUCCAGCCCUUGGUGUUAAACUUGGCUCCUCCGGGAUAAACAGAGGACAAGCCGAGACUUAGCUGAUCCCAGGAGGUCAGACAGCUCUCUGACCCAGAUCCCCUGCAGGAGGACAUGGAGGUCCUGCGGCGGUCCUCUGUGUUCGCUGCAGAGGUCCUGGAUGUGUUUGACCGCUCGCUGUCAGAGAAGGAGCUGGUGUCCCAGUCCAAAGCCCUGUGCAGGGACUACAUACUGUCCAGGCUCAACCAGACCGGACUGGGAUGGUCCAAAGCUGAACUGAACCUCUCUGCCUCAAACGCAGCGCUCACUGAGGUCUCUAUGGUUCUUCUCUGUCUUGGCGACGAACUGGAGAGUAUACAGCCCAGCUUGUACAGGAACGUGGCGCGGCAGCUCAACAUUUCUGUUGCCAUGGAGAGCAUGGUUUCAGAUGCCUUCAUCGGGGUGGCAACAGAGAUCUUCUCAACAGGUAUAACAUGGGGUAAGGUGGUAGCCAUGUAUGCAGUGGCCGGAGCCCUGGCAGUAGAUUGUGUCAGACAAGGCCAUCCGUCCACCAUUCACAUCAUAGUGGACAGUCUGGGCCAGUUCGUCCGCAAGUUUCUCGCCCCCUGGCUGAAGAGACGAGGAGGAUGGGCGGAGAUCUCCAAAUGUGUGGUGAAGAAGGAUCUCACGCCUGAACACAGCUGGCUGUCCUCUUCUAUCGAUUCGCUGAAGUACUUCCUCACCACAGUUUAUGUCUAUGUCAUGAAGGAACAGUGAGCAGGAGUCAUCGUCAUCAUCGUCAUCAUCAUUGUUGGAUACAUGAGAUCGAAAUCUCAGACUUGUCGAUAAACGAUGGAGUGGAGGCGGUCGCUGUGCUCGAUGGAGGUUGAGCCCGUCAGCAGAUAUCAGUCUGUUGCUGAAUGGCCAUCGACAAAUGUUUCAACAGCAUCGUGUUGUGUUGUCAGAUAAGUCUGUGAGUGAUUACCCUUCAGUCAAAGAGUAGUCACUGUGAUAUUUAACAGCAUAAAUUACAAUGGAACAAGUUUGUGUCACUCCGCCUCUUCUACACAUUUUCAUACUGCUUACACCAACCAGCGCUUCUCCAGUGUUGUACCUGCAAUGUAUGACGGUGAAUGUGAGCAGUAGGAGGCUGUUUUACGCUCCUGAGAUUAACUGUCUGAUGCUUUCAUGUGACGUUCAUCUCAGAAAAUGUCCCUGAGGGAGUAAUGAAGGUGUGUAAUGACAGUUGAUGCUCAGCUGACUGGGUCCUGUUUCCUGAGUCUGACAAGACAUCAGACGGUGAAGCAGAGAUGUCUCUCUUCACAGCCGAGAGUGAGAUCAGCUGGUAUCAACUAUAUGGGUUUAAUUCACACUAUUGUUCUUCACCAAAGCACAAAAGUGUCUCUUACCAAAUACGAUCCGAAAUGUUGUGACCUGCUAAACUUUAUUGCUGCAAUUUAAGCACCACUGACCAAGAAAUGUUGGGUCUAAUUUUGCCCACUUUUGGCCAAAGACCUUAAGGACAGAGGAAUGAUACGUACUGCAUCCAGCUUUUCUAGGUACUGAUUCCUUUCUCAUCUGUAAAUAGUUUAUUUAUGAUUUUAUUUUUUUAUUUAGAUUGAAGCCACUGCAGUAUAAAGGCCGCCACGACCACGGCUCUUAAGGAUGAUUGUGUGGUAUGCUUGAUGGUUGUCACUUUCACAGUGUUAAUUUAUACAUGUGUGUAUGAACAUUUUUUUUUUUUUUUUUUAAAUAUCCAUAAUAAACUUGACAAAAUGUUCACCCA